UAUUUGUCAAAUAUUUUUAUAUGUUUUAUGAUUGUAAUGAUAUAGUUUGUUUGUCUAUUGAAUUAAAUUAGACUAGUUUAAAAUAUCAUUUCUAAACACAUGGACCAAUAGUAGAGUUAUAUUGAUUUAAGCGGCUCUAAAUAAUAAUUUGUUUUCGCGACACAGCUCAGCGAAAAAGGACGGUUUGAAAAUGUCAGACAACCAAACAGAAACAAUUCUCCAAGCUAUAAAAUUGACACAAAGGUUACGUUCAAGUGUUGCUAAAGUUUUUCAAAACUUAGCUGAUGGCUGCGCUAUUGAAAAGGGCACAGAGAAGAAAAAGGCUGAAAAAGAAGUGUUGAACAAGUUCCACGAAUCACUUCUUUCGGUCAAUAAUGACAUAAGUGAGCUUGAGAAGACAGGCAGUGCGUUGACCAGUCUGUCUCCUGUGACUCCCAACAGCAUCUACCUGAGUAUCGACCCUGCCAUUGACAAGAUGCCUGUCUACCAACAAGUGCUGCAGGCUUACAAAUGGUCAAACAAGGUAUCUGAGCUGGCUGGAUAUGCAGCAAACAUCUUGGAUACUCAUAACAAGUUCAAACGAACCCAGACCUCACUGCAACCAGCCAAACGAUUGAAGAGAACUCCACCAACUGGACAUGCAUACUCACCUAAUGCUGUUGAGACCCUGUUGAGUAGAAGAACUGUGAAGAUUCCCGAGAUGACCAUCACACCGACACAUCCUUUAGGGAGCCAUGCAGUGCUGCAGAUAUCGCUGGGUCGAGUUUUGCGGGCACAAGUGGCUCUGAGGGGGCUGAUGAUUGAGUGGGUCAAUGUGCGAGGAUUUACAGAAGACAACCCUGAUGAAUCAAAGCUGGAACUAUGGGCUAAAUCACGGUAUGAGGUGUUUCAAAAGGUAACAGAAAGUGCAACUGCUGCUACACUACAUUUCUACUCCCCGCAUAACGCUGAGCUGGCUCUCAACUCAUUCAUUACAUGGUUUGGGCGUUACCGUACUUUGUUCUCCGCUCCUUGCCUCAAGUGUGGCAAACAUUACCUGAACGGACUACCCCCAACAUGGAGGGACCUGCGAACGUCCGAUCCAUAUCAUGAUGUCUGUCGGCAGUGAAUCUCAAUAACUGACGUUGAACUGUUGAUGCAACAUCUGUUGCUGUUGCACGCAAUUAAUGUUGUUCAACUGCAUGUUGGGGCUGUGUAAAGAGUACAGACGGACCCUUAGCGGUACACGCCAUUUUGUGUUGGCAACUGAAUUUUGUUUAUUUAUGAUGCAAAGACUAUGUAUCAUAACUGUUUGCUCUUACAGCUUCUACAUAUCUGGAUAAGUGGAAAAGCUGACAACUUAAGGCCAUAAGAUAGUUAAACUGUUUAUGCUUAAUCAUCUUUUAAUGAUGUGUCUGGAGGGAAGCCUUUUUUAAAAAGAAUUGCUGUAUGUUGAAGACUGUUGCUGCAUAAAAGUUUGUUGGUAAUGUAGAGACUAGCAAAGAAGGUUUUGUUUUUCUGAUAAAUAGACUGUGGAUGAAGAAAGUAUUGCAGUUGUAGCAAAGACUGAUAUUGAGAAACCAUUGCCUUUUGUGUUUGCAGCUGACGUUGUUUCCAGUAGUUUACACUCUAUGGAAAUUGGUUUAUGAUGCCAGUAUAUUUUGCAGGAACAAUGUAAAAAUGUCAAUCAGUGACACCAGUUCCUGUUGGUCACAAAAGGCUGUAUAUGCAAGUAAUUGCUGAGAGUUUCUCACGACGUACAUGAAAGAAAAAAAAACCUGAAUAUAUUAUUGGCUCUUUGCAUGUAUUAAAACUAUUUUUGAAUUAAACAAUGUUCCCACAAUUUUAGUUGAAUAUCAGACAGCUUUGAGGAAGUUUGGAAAUAUAUGGGCUAAAACUUGAUUGCUUGUACGGGAAUUUCCAAUGGUUUAGAUAAAACUUGAAAAAGGUU